UCAGAAGUGAAGACAGAUGAGACACCAAAAAAGGAACAAGAAGUAAAGACAGGCGAGGCACUAAAAACAGAGAGAGCUGAAGUAAAGACUGAUGAGACAUUAAAAACAGAACAGGAAGGAAAAACACACGAAUCACCAAAAACAGAAAAAGAAGUAAAGACAGAUGAAUCACCAAAAACAGAACAAGAAGCAAGAACAGCUGAUAAUGUGGAUGUGCCCAAAAGUGAAGAUGUAAUUCCACGGAAAGAAAAGAGCCAAGACAAGGGAGCAAAAACAGAGACAAAUUUAAAAAAAGACCAAACAAAAGAUGAUAGUGAUGAUGAAAAUGAGGAUGAAGAUGAAGAGGAGUUGCCUCCUGGUUUGCUGGAACUUCCGCUGGAAGUGGAAGGAAAGAGAGAAAAGAAGAAGGUUGAGCGGCUGUCAGCAAGUAUGAUUCGGUCACCUCAGGAGAAAAAGAAGUUGGAGAUUGAAGAGGGAUCAGGGAUGAAGCUUGGAGACAUUCCACACGUUGAACACCAGUUGAACAUUACAAAAGCAGCAGAUCUGAAACCCCUACAUCGCGUCUUGUUUCUGCGGGCUGGAGCAAACAAUGAAAUCAAGAAAAACAUCAAACAGUUUAGUGGUUUCACUCACAGUAAAGACUCCAAGGAGCAUGAGAAAAGAGUUGCAAGUUUAAACAAGGUGGUUAUCGCAGAACUGAAAACUAUAUGCUUAGUACUGGGGCUGGAGAGAAGUGGUACAAAAGUCAAUCUUGUUGAUAGAAUCAUGAAUUUCUUGAUGCAGCCGGAAGAUUUGACAGGCAAAAAUAAAGCCAAAAAGAGAUCCAAGUCUGCGAGCGGGAAACAAAAUGCAAAGAAACAGAAAUCAAAGCAGUCAGGAAAGAAAGGAAAGACGGAUAAAGAUGAUAUCUCUGCAGAUGACACUGAUGAAGAUGAAAAGGAAGAUGGAGAGGAAUUGGAAGAAGAAGAGGAGGAAGGGGAGGAAGAAGAGAGUGAAGAUGAGAUUGCAAAGAAGAAAAAGACAAAGAAACACAGUAAAAAGGGCACUACCAAGAAAUCCUCUAAGGAAAAUGAGAAGAAAGAAAAGGAGACGAAGAAGCCAGGUAAACAUCUGGUUGUAGAAAAUGACUCAUUAUCUGAAGAUUCUGAAGGUGAACCAGCAGCCAAGAUAAAGAAGUCGCCUCCAUCUAAUGAGGAAAUUAAAAAGUUAAUCGAGAAGCUUUUGAAUGGUGCAGAUUUGGAAACUGUGACAAUGAAAACAGUGAUGAAACAGGUGUAUGAUAACUACCCAUUGUUUGAUUUAUCUGACCGGAAGGAUUUUAUCAAAGAAACAGUAAGAAAGGGAGUAGUUUCAUAA